UAGACAUCGGCCUGAAGACCGCAGAAUUCACUUGCCAGUCGGAAGCAAACAUGGCGAAGGUGUUUGGUGAUUUUUCCCUACUCUUCCUCUUCUUCCUUACAGCAUCAAUUGUGUUCACGUUCAGCUUGGCAGAGAGAUCCACCUACAUUGUUCAUAUGGACAAGUCCUUCAUGCCAAAGGCAUUCAGGAGCCACCACAAUUGGUAUUCAUCGAUGGUCGGCUCACUCGGCUCCAUCGCAUCGGGAAACAAUCGCCGAUCCUCACCGUCCCUCCUGUACAGUUACGACACUGUUGUGCACGGUUUCAGUGCCGUCGUAUCACCGGCAGAGCUUGAGACUCUCAAGAGGUCGCCUGGCUUUGUCUUAGCUUACCCGGACAGGAAUGUCACGGUUGACACCACUCACACCUUCGAGUUCCUAGGCCUCAGCCCCUCCAUGGGGCUUUGGCCUGCCUCCGGUUAUGGCAAGGAUGUCAUUGUUGGGGUCAUUGACAGUGGGGUGUGGCCCGAGAGUGAGAGUUACAAGGACGACGGCAUGACCCAGGUUCCGUCUCGAUGGAAGGGCAAAUGUGAAGUGGGGCAGGAGUUCAACUCGUCCAUGUGCAACUUGAAACUCAUCGGGGCCAGGUACUUCAACAAGGGCGUCACGGCGGCGAACCCAGGGAUCAAAAUUUCCAUGAACUCAGCUCGGGACACUGAGGGACACGGGACGCACACUUCCUCGACAGUCGCUGGAAACUAUGUGAAGGGGGCGACCUUCUUUGGCUAUGCAGAGGGCACUGCUCGGGGGGUUGCUCCACGGGCCAGGAUUGCUAUGUACAAGGUCCUUUGGGAUGAGGGACGGUACGCUUCUGAUGUCCUUGCGGGGAUGGACCAGGCUGUAGCUGACGGUGUGGAUGUGAUUUCAAUCUCGAUGGGCUUCGAUGGUGUCCCAAUAUAUGAGGAUCCAGUCGCAAUUGCCUCGUUUGGGGCCAUGGCGAAGGGGAUCAUUGUCUCAUCCUCUGCAGGAAAUGACGGGCCCGCUCUUGGGACCCUUCACAAUGGAAUCCCGUGGAUCUUGACCGUUGCAGCAGGAACUAUCGACCGAACAUUUGCCGGAACCCUAGUCCUAGGAAAUGGCAUGACAAUUAUCGGAUGGACAAUGUUCCCUGCCAGCGCCAUUGUCAACAGCUUUCCACUUAUCUACAAUGAGUCCUUAUCGGCUUGCAAUUCGUCCAAACUGUUGUCCAAAGCUCCUAAUGGGAUCAUCCUAUGCAAGGACAUCGGCUCUCUCCGCCAGCAAAUAGAUUCUAUCACAGAAUCGAACCUCCUUGGAGCGAUUUUCGUUUCAGAUUAUGAUGAGCCCUUUGAGUUAGGAGGUAUGACCUGUCCCGGAGUCGUGAUAAGCUCCAAAGACAGUCCUAGCGUCAUCAAGUAUGCAAAAACGGUUCGUGAACCAGUAGCCAGUAUUAAAUUCCAGCAGACGAUCGUCGGGACCAAGCCAGCACCAGCCACGGCUUUUUACACCUCGAGAGGGCCUUCGCCGUACAAUAUUGGGAUUGCAAAACCUGAUGUAAUGGCCCCAGGGUCACUAGUCUUGGCUUCAUGGAUUCCUAAUGGCUACGCUGCCCAGCUGGGGGCGAAUGUGUUCUUGUCUAGUAAAUUUACCAUGAUUUCAGGUACUUCCAUGGCCUGCCCUCAUGCCUCCGGUGUAGCCGCGCUCCUCAAAGCUGCCCAUCCCGAGUGGAGUCCAGCGGCUAUUCGAUCGGCAAUCAUGACCACGGCGGAUCCUUACGAUAACACAUUUAGCCCUGUUCGGGACAAUGGUCGGGAUUUCGAGCCUGCAUCCCCACUUGCCAUGGGAGCAGGCCAUAUCAACCCGAACCUAGCAAUGAAUCCGGGCUUGGUCUAUGAUGCUACCCCAGAGGACUACGUGAACCUCCUAUGUUCUAUGAACCUGACAGAGAAACAGAUCUUGGUCAUCACCCGUUCGAGUGGCCAGUACAAUUGCUCGACCCCCUCUCAUGACCUGAACUACCCAUCAUUCUUCGUGUCCUACAGCAAUAAAACAGAGACAAUGGUUCGGAAUUUCCACAGAACCGUCACAAACGUCGGGAACGGGCCUGCCACUUAUACAGUCGAGGUGGCGGCCCCGAAAGGUUCCAUAGUCGAAGUCUAUCCCAAGAAGUUGGUGUUUGGGCAGACGAAUGAGAAGCAAAGUUAUAGUGUGAGUGUAAAGUAUAAGAGGGAUGAGAAAGGGAAAGUUUCAUUUGGUUCGCUUGUUUGGGUUGAUGGGGCAGGGAAGUACGGAGUUCGGAGCCCGAUCGUCAUCUCGCCGACCUUCUUUUCCCUCCCGAUGAAUUGCAGUGCAUGGUUGAUGUUGAUCUUACACGGUAAUAGUGAAUCUGAUAAUUACAUCAUUUACAUGGACAUGUCUUUCAUGCCGAAAAUCUAUGUCGAUCACCACAGUUGGUACUUGGCCACCGUCAGAUCGGUGUUGCACUCCUCAUCACAAGCAAGAACCACGACAACCAUAAGCCCUUCUUCAUUGUCCAAUUCCAAGCUCAUCUAUAGCUACACUCAUGCCAUACAAGGUUUUAGUGCUCACCUUUCUCCUAGUGAGCUUGAGACCAUUAAGAACUCUCCUGGCUAUGUCUCUUCUAUUCGAGACUUGCCAGUUAAGCCUGACACGACCCACUCCUCCCAAUUUCUGGGCCUUGCGGCUGACUCCGGGGCAUGGCCUGCUUCCAAUUAUGGUGAAGAUGUCAUAAUUGGGCUCAUAGAUACCGGGGUAUGGCCGGAGAGCCAAAGCUUCCAUGAUGAUGGGAUGACGGGGAUUCCAUCAAGGUGGAAAGGGGAAUGCGAGGUUGGGACUCAGUUCAAUGCAUCGAUGUGCAAUAAGAAGUUGAUCGGUGCUCGGUACUUCAACAAGGGUCUCACGGCAAAAAAUCCCAACUUGACUAUUUCCAUCAACUCCACGCGAGACACCGAGGGGCAUGGAACCCACACGUCGUCGACAGCCGCCGGGAACUAUGUGGAGGGCGCAUCCUUUUUUGGCUAUGCCCCAGGGACCGCUAGGGGGAUGGCCCCACGGGCUAGAGUUGCCAUGUACAAGGCUUUGUGGUCUGAAGGAGCAUUCAUGUCUGAUAUCAUAGCUGCGGUCGAUCGGGCGAUAUUGGAUGGAGUCGAUGUGCUUUCCCUCUCACUAGGUUUGGAUGUGACUGCAUUGCAUCUCGACCCUAUUGCCAUAGCGACCUUCGCAGCCGUGGAGAAAGGCAUCUUCGUCUCAACUUCUGCGGGGAAUGAGGGGCCUUCCGAUGCGACACUCCACAAUGGGACCCCCUGGGUCAUAACCGUUGCUGCAGGAGACAUGGACCGAGAUUAUGGCGGAGUUAUCACUCUCGGAGAUCAGGUUCAAGUCAAGGGCACGAGCCUAUUUCCUGGUAAUCCAUCUUUGUCCAAAACUCCUAUGGUAUUCACGGACCUCUGCAAUGACUCGAUGGCGUUGAAUCGUCUCGGGAAUAAGAUUGUUGUGUGCGAGGAUACGAGCAAUAUACUCGGCGACCAGGUCGACAAUGUCCAAGCUGCGAAUGUUUCUGGAGGAAUUUUCAUCACGAACAACUCCGACAUUGAGUCCUUCAUUGAGACCCAGCUCCCUGCCAUCUUUGUGGACCCGAAGAACGGGGAAAUCAUAAAGGACUACAUAAGGAAAGCCUCAGGGCAGCCGGAGGCGGUGAUGGAGUUUCGGCAAACGAUUAUUGGGGGCAAUAGGCCAGCUCCGAGGGUAACUAGCUACAGCUCAAGGGGUCCAUCCCCGAGCUGCCCGGCGAUUCUCAAGCCAGACAUAUUGGCCCCUGGUUCAUUAGUCUUAGCCGCGUGGCCGGAAAAUUCUCCAACCUCCUUUGUGGGAUCGAAGUUCCUAUACUCAAAUUUCAAUUUGUUGUCUGGGACUUCCAUGUCCUGCCCGCAUGUGGCUGGAAUGGCGGCCCUCCUUAGGGCGGCACAGCCUGAAUGGAGCCCAGCCGCUAUCCGUUCGGCCAUCAUGACAACCUCAUACUCAACGGACAACACAAAUAGUCCCAUAGGAGACCUCGGAGACAACCAACCCGCUACUCCUCUCGCAGUGGGGGCAGGCCACAUCAAUCCGAACAAGGCAUUAGACCCCGGGCUCGUGUACGACGCAACAACAGAAGAUUACACCAAUCUCCUAUGUGCACUCAACUACACCGCCAAGCAAAUCCAAACCAUCACCAGGUCAUCGUCCACAAAAUGCUCCAGCCCUUCCUUGGACCUCAACUAUCCUUCUUUCAUCUUCUUGUUGGAAGGAAACACCCCGGCGGCUCAGACGGCACGAGAAUUCCAUCGUACCGUGACCAAUGUCGGGGUGGGAAUGUCCAGCUACACUGCGAGCGUUACGCCCAUGAAGGGCUUCAAGGUAAGCAUCGAGCCCGAAAAGCUGGUCUUCAAGGAAAGGUAUGAGAAGCUGAGCUACAAAUUGACGUUAGAAGGCCCGACGACGAAGAUGAGCGAUACAGUGGCUUGGGGCUACCUCAGUUGGACCGACAGUGCAGGCAAAUACCAGGUCAGGAGUCCGAUAGUGGCGACGACCUUUCCCAAAUAGCCGGGACCACAUGUAAUCAAUUAAUUUGUCUUCUAGGAAAUCUUAUGGAACAAAAAAGAGAAAAGGAACGAGGUACAUUUUAUCUGAUCCAGAACAUUAUCAUAUGAAAUAUUGCUGAAUUUCACUACUAA